ACGGUAUUCAUUGCGCCAUUUGGUCGCAACUUUGCAUCAGCGUCAGCCGUUCUGGCCCGUCUCACCUGAAUCGAAGUGGGAAAGAGAGGCGCAAGAGGUUUAUUUGUCCCACGUCACCUUUUGGACUUCAGCGAGCAGGCACGAUGAACCACAGCAAGGAUGAAUCGGAACCUUUUGAGUAUUCCUACUAUGAUUAUUCCGACUGGUACUCCGAUAACGCAGAGCCUACAAAGCCUCCCAAAGAGGUCAUUCCACCGUGUGACCCAACAGCGAAUGAUGCAAUCUUUCACAUAUGCAUGCUCUCUAUAUCGCUGGUGAUUGUGCUCAUUCUGGCAGCUCUGACGCGAAGAAAUCAAUUCUGCCGAGGAUUUACACGAGGAUCCUCCAGUAUCUUUAGUCCAACCAACUUCCUGGAUCAGACACAGAGCAAAGGUGUGGCGAUGGCUGUGUUUGGACUGCUGUUCAGCAAACUGGCCAUGCUGGUGAUCGCACCUGAUCCCCUGCCUUUCUCCAAAGACACAGCAGCUGAUAUCAAAGAGCUCAUGAAGAUAGCGGCCAUCUUCUACUAUCCGGUUCUCUACUACCCUCUGAUGGUUUGUAGCACUUUGCAGCACAAGGCCGGUUAUGUGUUUGGCUCGCUGCUCUCCGUCAGCCAUUUUGGCGUUCAGCUGUGGCAAAAGUUGGACUGCCCAAAGACUCCGGAGCUGUAUAAGUUCUACUCUUUGCUUGCAAGUUUGCCUCAGCUAGCCUGCCUGGCGUAUCUUUGCGUCCGGUUUCCUUUGCUGUUUUUCAGAGGAACAAAGACCGAAGAGGACCUCGACAGCUCCUACUACAGCGACUAUGUCAAAGCCCUUCUGAAAAAGAAGGAGCCAACAGCAGUCAGGUCCUCGUCGUCUGACAAAGCAACACCGGUGGAGAGACUACUGGCAGUGACUAAGAGUUAUAUUUAUAUUCCAGAAAAAGUCUUUCGUUUCCCUCUAAAGCUGGCCGUAUCCGUAUUUGUAGCUUUGGUGGCGAUAUACCAUACAGCCCUAUUGUUAGUCGUCUUGGUUGUCCCGACUCUCCACAUUGUCCGUGCCGGUAUUGACGAGAACAUUGCCUUCCUCUUACUGGGAUUUGGGAUCGUCCUCUCCGAUGACAGAAUGGAGGUUGUCCGAAUUGUCACUUUCUACACUUGGCUGCUGGAAGUCUGCUACCUCUGUGCAAUGACCCUGUCUUGUGUGGUCAGUCUGGUGAUGCUCAUGAGGGCCAUGGUACUCCACAGGUCUAACCUGAGGGGACUGUACAGGGGCGAAAUCUACAACCUCUACAACAGUCAAAAGAGCCUUCGUCCAUCUAAAUCGGGUGUUUUGUGUUGGAUGGGCUUGACUGGAUACCAAGCUGCAAUCGUCUGUUUGGGUCUGGCAAUCCAGACGGUGGUGUUUUUCAUCUGCUUCUUGUUCCUGGUCUUCCUUAUCAUCAUCCCCAUAUUUUACGGGCGCAACCUAAUGGUCUUCGAGAUUGCUGGCAAGGCUUGGCCUGCGUGGGUGACAGUGAUCCUGGUCACUGUGCUUCAGCAUGUCGCUGCCAAAUUUGCCUUUGUCAAAAAAGACGCUGGCACCCGAGACUUAAAUAACAGGGGGAGUUUGUUCCUUCUGACUUAUCUGCUGUUUCUCAUCAACACCGUGGUGGGACUCAUAGUGGCGAUAUGGCGAAUGGUCAUCACGGCACUGUACAACAUUGUGCAUCUUGGCCGUGUCGACAUCAGUCUGCUGCACCGCGCUGCAGAAGCCUAUGACCCAGCAUAUCACUACUACACACAAUUUCUGAAGACGGAGGUGAGCCAGACACACCCGGUGUUGAAAGCUUUUUGUGGGUUGCUGCUGAACGUCACGGUUGAAGGCGGCCGAGCAGGCCAGAAAAUACGAGAUGCAGAGGAAGGGAUCCAGGAAAGCUCGCCGAACAGAUCGACCGGCGGUCGUAGGAUUCGCUCCCGCUGGCAGCUGGUGUACACGUUGGUCAACAACCCCUCCCUCCUGGGCUCCAGGAAGCACUUCCAGACAACGCAGAGCUUGGAGAGCGUCCUCAACGGAAGCCCAAAACGCAGCAAGCAGACAAACAGCAAGAGGGAGGCGAGCAAGGCGUCGUCCACUGAGCCAUCCAAUGAGAACCAAGAUAAAAGCCGUUGAGAAGCUCAUUGCCGCAGCGCUGUAA